UGAUGCUACAUGAAGUCAUCUUCGUUUUUAAGUUGUACCGUAUGGGACUAUUUUUCAUGACUUGCAAAGCAGAAUCACUGCUUUUGUUUUUCACAAAAAUGAAAGCAUACCAACAUAAAAAAACAAAAAAAAAAAAUCCUCGAAUCUUUGAUUUAUCAGUUCUCAAUAAAUAAUUAUUACAUAUUAAAAUUUUGAAUCCAGAGGUGUUUUUUUUUUUUUCAUGAAUCCCAAGGUGUUUAAGAAGUUGAAAAAUCUUCCCUUCUUUUCUCUCCAAUUUUCCUCUCCUUCCCCACCCCCCCCCCCCCCAAAAAAAAAAAAAAAAAAAAAAAAAAAAAAAAAUUAUGAUUUUCAUCUGUCCUCGCUGCUCUGCUCUGUUGCAGCAGCAGCUCUAUUUCUAUAUAUAAAUAUAAAUAUAAAUAUAAACCCAGGUCACAGUCGCCGCCAUUAACAAGUUCCUUACUUUUCUCGACCCUCUCUGUUAUAAAUAUCGUCAGACUACAAACUACACAACCCUACAAUAUAGAGUAUGCAUACAACUUAAUACCUACUCUGUCCUAACCUUUCCUUCUCUGUCUUUUCAAUUUACACAAACCCACAAUCCUCUGAAACGGAUAUCUUCUGUUUCUCAUAAUCAAUGCUUCUUCACCAUUUUUAGCCUUUACUUCACCAACCCAAAUCUGCAGAAACUGACAUAUAAAGAGAGAAACACAUGAGAUUACAAUCUUACAUGCCGUUUUGAGAGGUUUCUCAAGAACCCAUUUCUCAAGCUUCAACAAUGGCAGAUAAAAACCCUGAUUUCUAUUCCCACAAACUCCCCUCUGCUUCCCAGGUUCUUGAAGAGCUCAAAGAGCUAUGGAGUAUGGCUUUGCCUAUAACAGCAAUGAACUGUUUGGUCUACGUUCGAGCGGUGGUGUCAGUCCUCUUCCUGGGCCGACUCGGCAGCUUAGAGCUCGCCGGCGGAGCCCUAUCGAUUGGGUUCACCAACAUCACCGGCUACUCUGUUCUUGUGGGUCUAGCCUCAGGGCUCGAGCCAGUGUGCAGCCAAGCCUACGGUAGCAAGAACUGGGACCUACUGUCGCUCUCUCUGCAACGCAUGAUCUUGAUCCUCCUCCUCGCCAUCAUCCCCAUCAGCCUCCUCUGGAUCAACCUGGAGACCAUCAUGGUGUCGAUGGGCCAAGACAGAGAGAUCACAUCAAUGGCCGCGACGUACUGCAUCUACUCUCUCCCAGACCUUUUAACAAACACCUUGUUGCAACCAUUGCGGGUCUAUCUACGGUCACAGGGGGUGACAAAGCCAAUGAUGUACUCGAGUUUCGUUGCGGUGUUGUUCCACGUACCGUUAAAUUACGCGAUGGUGGUGGUGAUGGGGUUGGGGGUGAAGGGGGUGGCGGUGGCUUCGGUGGUGACGAACCUGCACAUGGUGGUGCUGAUGGCCGGGUACGUGUAUGUGUACGGGAGGUGGGAGUGGAGAUGGACGGCGGGGAUUGGGGAGGUGUGUGGUGGGGUGGGACCACUGAUGAGGCUGGCUCUGCCGAGCUGUUUGGGGAUCUGUUUGGAGUGGUGGUGGUAUGAGAUCGUGACCGUCCUUGCCGGGUACCUGCCGAAUCCAAGACUGGCUGUGGCCGCCACUGGGAUACUGAUACAGACAACUAGUCUCAUGUACACUGUUCCAAUGGCUUUGGCUGGCUGCGUCUCUGCCAGAGUUGGGAAUGAGCUUGGGGCUGGGAAGCCAUACAAGGCCAAGCUAGCUGCAAUGGUUGCAUUGGGCUGUGCAUUUGUGAUGGGGUUGAUCAAUGUGGUGUGGACUGUGAUUUUUAGGGAGACAUGGGCUGAUCUUUUCACAUCAGAUGGCAUGGUCACAGCCUUGGUUGCAUCAGUUAUGCCACUCAUGGGGUUGUGUGAGCUCGGAAACUGUCCACAAACAACCGGCUGUGGCAUCCUCCGUGGCACGGCUAGGCCAGCCAUUGGUGCCCGGAUCAACCUUGGCUCGUUUUACUUCGUGGGCACCCCGGUAGCCGUAGGCUUAGCAUUCUGGUUCAAAGUUGGCUUCAGUGGGCUGUGGUUCGGGCUCUUGUCGGCUCAAGCGGCUUGCGCAGUGUCCAUUCUCUAUGCUGUGUUGGGGUGUACGGACUGGGAAGGUGAAGCUUUGAAGGCUAAGAAGCUUACUGGAUUUGAGAUGGAGAAAAUUGAGAAUGAUGAAGAGAAAAAGGAGUUCUUGGUAAGCGAGAGUAAUCGCCUGGAUGAUGUUUUGUAGAGAAGGAAUGCUACCAUUGCCGACAUUGCUACAGCCGACUAGAGAAAUGAGUGUGUGUGGGGUCCACCACUCUACACGUUCUGGUCUGCUCAAGUGUGACAAUGUCGUCAAUUAUAGAGUUUUACUACUUAGAAUGAGAACAUGGUAACAUGGAUGAUAUGUUUGGAAAAAAAGAGAAAGAGAGUACUGAUAUGUUUAGAGGGUACAGGGAAUUGGUUAAAAAUGUGUGGGGGUAAUGUUGUAGUUUUUGGGAAUCCUAUUUUGUUGUUCGUUUGCUUUUUGGGGAGAGUCUGAUCUUAUGAUGCCUUUACUUGAUUUUGUGCUGUGAGGCAAUGUUUUAAAAGCCCACUGGGCUGUGCUCUUUUUUUUUUUUUU